AUGUUCUUCAGCGAGGAUAUUCUCGUCAAGCAACGAGGAGGUGAUCUCGCGCUGCUCUGGAUCGCUGCAACAGCGACGGGAGGCACAAAGUCACGCUUGCUCAGGAAGAAAGAGAUCCUCACCUGCGCCUUGCCACAGGCAUGCCAGUCGCUCAUCACGCCACAAGAGCCAAUGGCCUUGCGCCUCAUGGCGUCACUCUUGCUCGGACUCACGCGCAUCUACGCACACCAGAUCGAGUCCCUGACACUGCAAGUCACCCAACUCAAUCUAGCUCUCAAGAGGACAAUGUUUGAAGAUCUCCAAGCGAACUUGAUCCUCAAUAACCCUACUGCACAUCCUCGUCAUCCCAAGGCUAUCAAAGGAUCUGAUCACCUCGAUAUAACAAAGUACAAAGGCCUCAAUCGAGAUCGGCUGAUCGCUCUCAACGCGAACAAGACGCCAGCGACGACUUUGCCCAAACGCUACGAACAGCCGCUCAUCGAGUACGCACUGGAGCGUGGCCUCGGUGCAGGUCCCUUUGCCAUCGAUGUGAUCACAAGCUACAACGAUCGUGCUUACGAUGCAGCGCUGCAAGAGGUUGAUGAGUCGAAUCAUACUAGCCUGUUUGAUUUGCCAUCGGACGAGCUCGUCCAGCAUCAUCACGAUAAGCUCGCGCCGGCCGCAUCCGUAUUGUACGAAGCGUCUGUUGCCUUCUCAAGCUCAUUCUCUCGCUACUCCGCAACGGCGAGCGCACAGGCAAGCUUCGAUCUUGGAGAAGAUGGAGAAGAUGGUCAAGUCUGGUAUGAACCUGAGCGAAGCCUUCUUCAGACCAAUCGAACUGCGCCGAUGUCGCGCACCUCUGCACGAAUUGAUAUCCAGCAGACUCCUUCCUCUAUCGAGCUCGGCAGAGGCCGCGAAGGCUCACUCUCGUUGUCGUUCCCGCGCGGUCAUACCAAAGCCCGAUCAUCUUCAAUCCUCGGAAGCAACACUCGCACUCAGGCUGCAUCGUUCGACUUUGAGUUCGAGUUCGAUCCCGAACAAGGUAUCCUGGGCGGCUUCAGUCCCAGACUGGAUGCCGCUCUUCGCGCUGCGGGCGACAAUCUCGGGCGUCCGCCGCAAGCUGCAGAACGCGAUGUAUCGAUCGUCGAGGGCGUGGGAGACGAGACGGGUGUCUUCAGACUCGGAACUCCUAGUGGUAGCGUACGAGGCUACGAACCAGACGAGGACCUCGGUCCUGCUAUUCCCUUUGAGGACGGUGCCUACGAAUCACCUCGUAUCUGGGAGCGCGCUUCGAGAACGCAGCCUCUCACGCCAGACCGUAGAUCUGGCUCGCCAAGCUCGAGCAAUGUGAUGAAUGGCAAACGUCACCGCAGUGAAGAUGACCUCAUGGCUUCAGACCAUGCACCCAAGAUCAAAAGAGCUCGUGCGCGUCGUCCAGUCGACUUGCUCGAUAGCGAGAUCUCUCUCGGCGAUGCUGUGCUGAACAGCACUCGUUCGAGAUACCUUACGGACAUGCAGGCUCAACGCACGUAUUCGGCUGCAAAGAAGUCGGAGCGUGACGCCAAGGAUUGUGCAGAAGCGCUCGUGAUGAUGCCGAUGGCGGGCAUGAAAGCAGUUGCACUUCAGAAUUUCCUCGUUGCUCCGUGCGACUCAGCUAUUCGUGCCCGGCUGCUCGAAGCCCGUGGUCAUUACAUUGCUCAUGUCCCUGCUAUCAAACACUCACAUCGUCAUACACACGUCGGCGCCGGGGCCGUCCGCGAAGAUGGUCAAAUCGACUACGAUGACCCGUCAUGGCUUGACCCUUUUGGCGAUCAAGGAGGCGCGCACGAUCAGCAAGCUGACUAUGAGCUCCAAGAUGAAUGGCCAGAAGUUGAAACCGGUCGUCAAGCACAAGUCGAACGUCCUCCGAGCCGCGUGCAAUCGACCAUGCCAUGGAAUCGUCUAGACGCAUCUAUCAUUGAGGAGGACUAUCCUGCACGCCCAUCGUCUGCCCUCUCGCGUCGUUUCUCACUCGAGCCAGCCGGCCGUAUGUCUCUGCCGAGACGCCGCAGCGAUGCUACAGUAACCUCUCACUCGCAUCCGCCUUCGCCUCCUCUCGACGCCGGCUAUGCACCUCCGCUCGACGAGUCAUUCGAAGGCUUCAAACAGGGUUUCCAGCCUGACAUUAGCUCAGACAUAUCGUCGAAGCAGGAUUCUGCCAACUUUCUCACUUACCUGACUCUGCUCUCGACCAAAGAAGACGAUUUGCUUCUUUCGGAUGUUGCGCCCGUCAUCUCCACCAAGCCGCGCGUCGCAGCCCAAGCGUUCUAUCACAUCCUCACUUUCGCCUCGCAGGGCGUCAUCGAUGUAUCUCAGUCGCAGGACAAAGAGAUCCACAUUGCUCUGCGAAGCCGUUCGUGA